AUGGAAAAACAGAAAAAUUUUGCAAUAUUGGGAAGAUCAUUACUUAACGAUAUUUCUUUAAAAGCCGGACCAGCUAAAGCGGAGUUAUUAAAUGCUACUUUUGGAAAUGCAACAGAAUUAAUUAUUUCUGUUUUUGCUCUGCGUGCUGGAGAAAUUAAAAUAGUUCAGUCUUCUAUGUUAGGUUCGAUUAUUUCAAACAUUUUAUUAGUGUUAGGGACAUGUUUUCUUACUGGAAGCAUUAAGUAUAAGACUCAAAAAUUUAAUCAAACUGCUGCUCAGACUAGUUUGAUUGAAGAGCCACAAUUAUCUAUUAUAUCUUCUAUAAUGUUUUUAAUCAUUAUAACUGGUCUUAUUUCUUUAUCUUCUGAAUUUUUAGUUAAUUCAUUUGAAGGAGUAGUAAAAACUCUUGGUUUUACAGAAACUUUCAUUGGAUUAAUAAUUUUACCAAUCGUUAGAAAUGCUGCUGAG